UGGCUAUGCUGUAGUAUUGAAGGACUGAGCUGAGUGGAAGGAACAGUAGGAUAUGAUUUCUUCAUGGCUACACAUAGAUUAGAGAUCGAAUAAUAGUACUCCUCGUUACCGAGUAUUCAUCGUUUAUAACAACUGAAUAGGGCCAGGGGGAGAGAACCAUCAGACUCUGGGACCAUACUGGAUAUAAUGGAAUUAUCGUAAUGUAAUGUUAAUCAAGCAGUGGUGUACUGAAAUAGAGGCCUUCGAGGGUUCACCAGCCCGGUGACGCAGCGUAAGCUGCGCGAUCGUCGUCGUACUCAGCAAAGGAUGCUGCCGCCCCCUAGCAACACUUUGAGAAUGCCUCGACAACCAAGACCAGGCCGUAUGGCCGUCAUUGUUGAAUCAUUGAAGAAUGGACUCCUAGAUUCAAUACGGAUCAGCAAUGAGAAACUAGAGAUGAUGAAAGAACAUCAAGAAGAGACAAAGACUACAGAUAAAUCAAGACAAGGAUUCCAUUACAAUUUGGACAAGCAAACUAAAGCAGCUGAACGGUUUAUAAGGAAACUCCAAUUUCAUCUUGCCAAAGUAGAAGAGCUUCAGGAGUUGUAUGAGAAGGAGCUUAAAGUCAGAGAAGGUGCAGUCAACAUGGUUAAAGCAUAUCACGACGCCCAUUCACCUAAAGCCAAGGAGCCUGUGAGUGAGGCUAAGGUUGGGGUUCGAGACUGCACGCAAGCAUUGUGCCAUAUGGAGGCUGAAUUGGAGGCUAAUCUUGGUGCCUUUGUAUUAAAGAUUGAGGGAAUUGCUGGGUUUGCACGAGUGACAAGAGGCGAUGUCUUUGAAAUCACUUUCAAGUAUGGCUUUCAAAAGUGGAAGACGAAAUGUAAGGUGGAGAAGGAUCUAAGUCAGACAUGGGAAGGUGAUGAGAUUGUGCUUUAUCCUAUGGUUGGAGACUUCCUCACAAUAAAGGUCACAGAGAUCAGGGGUAUUGCAAGAUCCAACGUCACCAUUGGCAACCUGGAGUUUGAUACGUCAGAUUUCUAUGGAGCAGAACCGCAAAACUUGACUAUAGAUGUGAACGAAACUGGAACAAUUAAAUUGAACAUUAUUGUAACAUGGAGCCCCUUCCAUGUGGAUGAAGAAGAUCUCAAACAGCUCAACAAGAACUCGUAUCAUCGGAGAGAAAGAACGCUAACCGAUUCUAUGAUCAAUGUUCAUCAAAAGAGAUUAAGUACAGCAUCAACAUCCUCUUCCUCCGACACUCCGCACUCACCGAUGCGUCCAAAACAAAAUAAGCCAGUAGAGAUCUCAUCGUCACCAACCUUAACAUUAGAGGAAGCAUUACACAAUGUUGUUCGCUUAUUAGAGAUCUUAACGGGACAGUACAGUGAACUGAGACCAUUAGAACAACAGAUAACUCAUCUAGACUCAUUCCUCAAGAAGAAUCUUGAUAAGAAGCGUCGUGAGUCAACCAUCAGUCUUUCAGUCAAGAAUGCUUUAGAUAGUUUUGACUUCCUGAAUGAGAUAGAUGAAGGUCUGAGUGACACAGUUGAUUCGUCCAGCAUGGAAGAAACAAAUCGCAAGAAUGCCUGUGAUAAUGUUGACGGUGUAGCCGUGUCGUCAGACCGUCUUAGUGACUCGACAUGUAUAGAAGAGGACCUCCCAUCGCAGGUGGAGCUUCGUGGCAUCAGGUCACCAUCCAGCAACUCGUCUGUCAAGAGAAGCAGCAGGUUUCUGGACCUUAGUGAGAAGAGGGAGAGUCGCAUGCUGGAGCUGAACGAACAGCGGGGGAACCGUCUGCUGGAGUCCCCGGCGGAUAGUUCUUUCGGGAGCAUGAAGCGUCUUCCUGGUUCAGAAGAGAACUUGACGACAGGAAGUGAAUCCAUUGACGUGACUCUUACUCAUCAUCUCAUGUUUACGGAAUACCUGUUGAGUCAUCUUGGUGCAUUUGGUCCCCUCAAACUGAAGGAGACGAUAGCAUUGAACAAGCUCCAGCAGCAAGCAGCAAUAAUCGAGCAGCUGAUUGUGUUAGCAGUCAGCGGCGUCCAUGUCAGCUCGGCGGACGAAGGUAUUGCCGGUCGUACCCAACGUAUACUAGGGCUGGUUCUUCCGGAAUUGAAGCUGAAUCUACCACUCUUGGAAUUCUGGGAACAGUGCAGAGAGAAGGAGGCCCUCUAUGUGAAUGCCGACUCAUUUCUUCUUCAGCUGGAUGUGAAGUUUGGAGCUAAACUCCGAACGAAUCACCCUGAGAUAGCAGAUGAUGUAUUCCAUAGUGUGUGCAAUAGGAUCAUAGAGAGACCCGCAGACUUGAUGAGCCCUAAGACUAUUAUCACAUUAUUCCAAUACGUCUCCUACUUCACUCAAGAGAACAGACGGCAUCCAGAGAAAUGUCUAAAUGACAUCACAAAUGAAUUUGAAUUAACGGCAAGUUUAGAACCCGGUAGACCCGAGCUCCUGCGAACCAUCAAGAGGAUCCCCAAAGGCUUCCUCUUACCAGCGGGUAACCUGAGGGCGCUAGGUUUAUUGCUCCUAGAGGACAGUGCCACCGUGCAGGCAGCAGUCAGAAUGUAUUUAGAAUCCAUUGCUAAGGAAGAAGAUAUCAGACAAAAGGCUGUGACAGUGUACCUGGAAUGCCUUGAGGAAAGAGAUCUGUCGCUACGUCAGGCUGGUUGUGCAGCUCUAGCUGCUAUGCAGGCAUCAGAGUCAUUUGAACAGUUGGUGUAUUUAGUGCGCUGUGAUAUUGACGAUGUGAAGACCACAGCCAAGGAAGCUCUUAUGGCAUUUGGUGAGGAAGGAAGGCUAGCUUAUGAACAAGUAUCUUACUCUCCAUAUGUGGCUUAUGAACACCAGUAUACACCGAAUGGUGCUCCAUUGAUGACAACCGAGUUAUAGCAUUGGUAUGCACUCAACAGUGCUCUGAUUUUUACCGAAGCUAAAUACACUAGCACCAGUAUACGCUCAAGGGGUGUUCUGCUAAAGACUACUGCAAUAUAGCACCAGUAAACACCCAACAGUGUUUUUGCUAAAGUGUUUGGUGUUAUGGUUCCAUUAUGCACCCAGCAUGUUCUGCUGCAGAUUAGGGCAUCAUAGCACCUGUAUACACUCAACAGUGUGUGUUUUGCAACUAAUUACACCUUCAUGGCACCGAUGGACACUUACCAUGUUCUGAUGAUGAAUAUGGCACCGUAAAACUAUUAUAUGCUCAACCAGUGCUUUUCCACAGACUACAGCAUUUUAGCACAAGUAUACACCUAACAGUUUUAGGGGCGAAGGGUAACAGCAUUAAAGCACCAACAUGCACUCAACUGUGCUCUGGAUAAGACUACAACAUUGACUCAACAGCAUGACACCACCAUCUUACACCUGGCGUUGAACCAGAAUAAACAGUAUUAUAUUAACACACUUAAAUGGUUACUUAAUGAUGACUUCAUGUUUUAUAGUAUGUGCCAGAUAUCUUUACAUGAGAGUGAAUAAGGUUUCAAUUCCCAGUUAAAGUAAUUAGUCGUAAAAUUAAGAGGUUUUCAUAAACCAAAAUGCUUAAUAAAACACCACUUAUUAUCCUAAAAAUCUACAUGGUGGGAGUAGUCCUUCCUGCGAUUUAAAUCUCAAAAUAUCCAUUCUGAUAAUAUCCAUUAUCAGAGUUCAUCUAAAUCUGUAUUUUCCUUCUGCCGAUAUUGAUGCAUGUGACCUCAACGCCAUCACUAUUUCUUCCAUUUGUUCCUGUUUCACUUAUCUAUUCAUAGCAAAAAUGUGCUUUUAACAAAAAUUAUCACAUCUUUCCAUGACAUUUUUUCUCUUCCACUUUCAUCCAUACCAUCCUCUUUCCGAUUUGGUUUAUCUACAUAUGUUCGGAAACACUUGGUCUAAUUUCAAGGAGUGUUGUCUUUGAACCCUUUAAGCCCACAAUUCAUUUGUUUGGCUGGAACCUGGUCCAUUUUCCUGAAGUUCUAAUAUCUACUUCGAGUCUCACUUGAUGGAAAUCCUUUCCAGACUAAUUACCAUUUUGUCUUUGCCGGAUUAAAGAAGAGCCCGAGUACCUUAUAGACUGAUAGCGCCAACAAAAUUGGAUGUUAGACAAACUUGUUUUUAGGCCAGGUGGAAUACAAAUAGUAAGAUGAAUUUUUGUAGAUUGAUUAAUUAUUGUAGACACAAAUGAUGGUAUUCUGAUAGCCAUGGGUUAGGUAAACCUUAACUUAGACCACACAUUUAUGGAAUGCCAGUUGUAAACUCAUUCACCAAUUAAGAAACUUUCUUAUCCUGCUUCAAAAAUUGUUUUUAAAAAAAUCGAGUUAGUCAUGAAAUGGAAAUAGUAGGACAAUACAAAGAUAUGAAUUUUAAUUAGUUAAUUGAUUUUGUCAUGAAUAUGGAAGAAAUACAUGUGUUAUGAAGCCAAGCAUUCCAAAAAAAUGUGGGUUAAAAUCCUGGUUUAGACUAGGGUUGAAACUAGGUUUAAUUAUCAGAAUACCAGCCAAUGAAGUUGGACCAUGUUUAGUUCACCUAGUUGUUAAUUAGACCAAGUGGAGACAGAAUAAUCCAGUGUGCAUCCUAAACACAUGAACCGUUCUUUUCAAUUUCCUUUUUUUAUUUCUUUCACAAAGGGUUUCUUUCAUACCUCAUCUUUCCAUGAACUCAUAUGGUAAUAUGAAGAAA